AUGACUCGUUUCAUUAUUCUUAUUUGCUUCAUUCUAAUUGGAGCCUGGUAUACUUCAGCUGCUCCAGCUGCAUCUAAAAAUAUCCAAGCAUCGCCUAAAAGUGUGAAAUCAAGACCUUCAAAAGAUGUAACUUCAGCUCAUCCCUCUGGCUAUAGACGUGGUAAACGUAAUGUUAUAACUUCAUUAAAUGAUGAAGACGAGAAGGAAUUAAUGAACGAAAUAGCUUCAUUGUCGGACGACGAACUUCGACUUCUGAAAACAUUAAUUGUGUCAAAGGAAUUCAAUAAUCCCGCUCUGGAAAUUCCUGAAGAUGUUGAAGAUGAUGAAGUUUACUUCAUUCCUCAAUCGCAGGAUGAAUUAUACGAAGUUAUCGAAGUACCAGAUGACGCCAUUAAUGAACCUAUGAUCUUGCCUCGGGAUAGACGUGCUUUAUUUGAAGAUGAAAUGAAGGAAAGCGGAGAUGACGAUGUUCCGAUUAUCAUUGAGGAAGUCGUUCCCUUAGAUGAACAAGUUGAAGACGAUUAUGAGACUCCGUUAGUCAUUCCGGAACCAGUAUUAGAGAAACUUAUCGAAGAGGAUAUGGAAGAUAUGGAGCUAGAGUCACGUAUUCGAGAAAUGGCUAACAUCCUGAACGAGCGCAUUUCGCGUGAUUAA